AAGCUGCUGCUGUAAACAAAAAGGAUGAUACGUGUAAUUUACUUGAAAAUAGUUGAUUUGACGUUUUAACCGGAUAUGCCGCUCUGGCCUACACUGACUGUCGAAGAAGAUUGGCGAUUCUUAGAUCAUUUGGGAAGAUGGGUGAGUGGUCUUGGCCUUCUGAAGCUCAGUUAAAUGGAAUUAGGCAGACAGUUUCAGAAAUGGCUGGGAGAGGUAUCGAAGACGUUCGGGUUGUAGUUUCUCCUUAUCGAAUUUGUCCAUUAGGAGCUCAUAUUGAUCACCAGGGAGGGACUGUAUCAGCUAUGACAAUUAAUAAGGGAAUACUUCUAGGUUUUGUUCCUUCCGGUGACACUCAGGUUAUACUGCGUUCAGGACAGUUUAAAGGUGAAGCUAGGUUCAGAGUUGAUGAAGUUCAAUGCCCUAGGAAGAAUGCAAAUGAUGCUUCCAAAAUAGAAAUAGAUGAAGAAAGCGAUUGGGGAAGUUAUGCAAGAGGAGCCCUCUAUGCAUUACAGAGUAGGCAGAACUCUCUUGUCCAGGGUAUCAUAGGAUAUAUAAUAGGUCCUGAAGGUAUGGACAGUUCAGGCCUGAGCUCCUCUGCUGCUGUCGGCGUAGCUUACCUAAUGGCUUUGGAAACUGCAAAUAACUUAGCUGUGUCCCCUGAAGAGAAUAUUGAGUAUGAUCGGCUGAUUGAAAAUGAAUUUUGGGGCCUGCGAAAUGGGAUAUUGGAUCAAUCAGCCAUAUUGCUUUCAAGCUAUGGUUGUCUAUUGUGCAUGAACUGCAAGACUAAAGAACAUAAGCUUAUACACCCACCAAAACUGGGAGAGAACCACGAGACUGAGUGGCAGAAAGCAUACAAAAUAUUAUUGGCAUUUUCAGGCUUGAAGCAUAAUUUGACUGUAAAUCCUGGAUAUAAUCGUCGAGUUGCAGAGUGUCAAGAGGCCGCGGCAGUUCUUUUGCAUGCAUCUGGAGAUGGUGCAGCAGAGCCACUCCUAUCUAAUGUUGAGCCAGAAGCUUAUCAAACUCACAAGCACAUAUUAGAACCUAAUUUAGCCAAGAGAGCAGAGCAUUAUUUCUCAGAAAAUAUGCGGGUUAGCAAAGGAUUCGAAGCUUGGGCUUCAGGCAGGUUCGAAGAUUUUGGAACGCUCAUUUCAGAAUCUGGCCUAAGUUCUAUUCAGAACUAUGAAUGUGGUUCUGAACCACUGAUACAAUUGCGCCAGAUCCUUCUAAGGGCUCCUGGCGUAUUUGGAGCACGGUUCAGUGGUGCUGGAUUUAGAGGGUGCUGUGUUGCACUGGUAGAUACUGAUCAUGCAGCUGAAGCUGCAACAUUUGUCAGGGAAGAGUAUAACAAGGUCCAACCUGAGUUGGCAAGCCUGUUAAACCCAGACACGGCGGUUAUGAUAUGCGAGGCUGGUGACUGUGCCCGUGUUAUUUGACGACUGUUUAUCGAUUACUUUCAUUUGUUCAAUUGUUUCAUUAUUCAUUCAUUGUUGUAAACCUUUGAACUCAAGGUUCAUUA